AACUGUGCAAACAUUGCCAAGUGAAAGUGCGCUAAUAACUAAUAAAAGGAAAAGAAGAUUAAAUAAGUCAUAAAUAUUUUAAUCAAUAAUAAUCAAUCAUAAAAACUAACAAAAAAUGGCGAACCGGACAGUGAAGGACGCCAAGUCAAUUCGUGGGACAAAUCCCCAAUAUUUAAUUGAAAAAAUAAUCCGAUCGCGUAUUUAUGACUCUAAAUACUGGAAAGAAGAAUGCUUCGCUCUAACAGCGGAACUUCUAGUGGACAAAGCGAUGGAGCUGCGUUACCUCGGUGGAGUUUUCGGAGGAAACAUCAAACCGACUCCAUUUUUAUGUUUAAUUCUAAAAAUGCUCCAAAUUCAGCCGGAGAAGGAUAUUAUUGUAGAGUUUAUAAAAAAUGAAGAAUUUAAAUACGUCCGAGCAUUGGGAGCGCUUUACAUGCGACUAACAGGGUCGUCCUUGGACUGUUACAAGUACCUGGAGCCGCUUUUCAACGACAGCCGGAAGUUAAGGAUCCAAAAUAAGCAAGGAGUCUUUGAAGUGAUUCAUAUGGAUGAAUUUAUCGACAUGCUACUUAGAGACGAGCGCAGCUGCGAUAUCAUCCUCCCCAGGAUCCAAAAAAGGCACGUCUUGGAAGAGAGUAAUGAGCUUGAAGCGAAAGUCUCUGCUCUAGAGGAUGAUAUAGAUGAGGGCAUCGAGUCCUCGGAGGAUGAAGAAAUGCCGCCGAUUAAGGAUGAGAGGAAAAAAGCGGAUUAUGACAAGGACCGGGAGAGGUAUAAAGAGAGGGAGAGAGAGAAAAGACACUCUAGGUCUGAUAAAAAAAGUGACAGGGAGAGAGAUAGGUCUAGGAGUCGGGAGAGAAAGAGGGAUAGAGAACGAGAGAGGGAUAGAGAUCGCAGGGAUCGCGAUAAGGAUAGGAGGAGAAGUGAUAGAGAGAGGAGAGAGCGGGACCGAGAACGUGAGAGGAGGAGAGACCGCUCGAGAUAUUAAUUUGACUUUUUGACUUUUUUUUAUUUACA